UGCAUGUCACCUGAUGAAGAGAAGAUGACUCGUCGUUCUCCUUUAGAUUUCCAAAUCGAAUGGGAUAGGCCAAAGCCUGGACGAAGGCCCGACAUCUUCCCCCAAUUCAGCCCGAUGAAAACUCCAUUACCACCGCCGAUGCCGGCUGACCCUCCAGAAGAAGAUGAGGAGGAAGAAGAAGAAAGGAAAGAGGAAGAGGAGGAAGACCCUGAAAAGCCUGAACAAUAGCCCACAAGGAUAUCUUCUUUCGACAUCCUACCAUGACUAGUACCUGCAGCUUAUCUAUAUCGAUGACAUACCACCAUGGUAUUAAGUUUAAAAGGAGAUUAUGAGAUAAUAGAAAAAUGUCUUUUUGCAGGGCGUCUCCAUUCGUUUUGUAGUCGAAAUUACCUUUGUUUUCAACCAUGUCAGUUAAAGUUACACCUAAGAAUUAGUUAAUAUUUUUGGA